AUGGGGUCUGCUCUCUCCCGGGUUGUCUUUCAGCCCCCUUCAUAUCCAGGGGGCCCUCCUGUUCGAGAAGAUUUAAUUAGCUUAACAACUAAAUCAGGCGAGACCAUUCAUGCUAUUCACAUCAAAGGGUCGGGUGAAUGCACUCUGCUGUAUUCGCACGGCAACGCUGAAGACAUUUUUUUAUCGUUUAGUUUUUUUCUGCAUUUGUCUAGAGUCUGUAGGGCGGAUGUGCUUCUUUAUGAAUAUGUUGGCUACGGGUGCAGCAGCGGGAAGCCCUCGGAGCGUGGGGUGUACGAGUCGGUGGAGGCUGCAUAUAAAUAUUUGACUGAGGAGCUGCAUAUACACCCCAGCAAAAUUGUAGCAUACGGGAGAUCCCUAGGUUCAGGGCCUAGCGUGCAUCUGUGUGCUUCUGAAGAGGUAGGGGGUUUAAUAUUGCAGUCAGCUCUGCUGUCUGUACACCGCGUAGCUCUACGUCUUCGCCUGACUUUUCCUGGGGAUUUGUUUGUAAAUAUUAAAAAAAUUAAAAAAGUCAAAUGUCCUGUCUUCUGCAUCCACGGGGCAAAUGAUGAAGUCGUCCCCAUACACCACGGCAUUGAGCUGUACAAGAGAGCUCGUGUACGAGUCAGCCCCCUUUGGGUUGGAGGCGCUGGACAUAAUAACGUAGAGAUAGUAGCAGGAAGAGAAUUUCUUCUUGCUAUUUCACGCUUCCUCAGGCUGCUGCAGCAGCAGCAGCAGCAACAGCAGCAGCAGCAGCAGCAGCAGGAGCAGCAACAGAAACAGCAGCAGGAACAGCAACAGCAACAGCAACAGGAGCAGCAGGAGCAGCAACAACAGGAAGAAACAGGGCCGCCAGCUGCUGCGGUUGUUGCAGCAGCAGAGGGAGCAUGA